CUUGCCAUCGCUCCGUCGCAGCGAAACUGAAAAGGAGAAUUCUCUCUCUGAUCGACGAAGAAGGAAGAAGGAAGGAAGGAAGAAGAAGAAGAAGGAAGAAGGAGAUCAAGGGAGGGGAAGAUGACGACGAGCAACAUGGAGGCGCGGACGCAGUCGCUGCUGAGCGAGCUCAACUUCGACAAGGGCGGCUUCUUCGACCUCGGCCACCCUCUCCUCAACCGCAUCGCCGAGAGCUUCAUCAAGGCCGCUGGCAUUGGAGCGAUUCAGGCCGUGUCGCGGGAGGCCUACUUCACGGCGGUUGAAGGCGCAGGACUGGAUUCGAGCAAUGGCGUUCCGGAAAUUCCAGGUGCAAAGAAGCAUCGGUUCCCCGAGCUGAGAGGAGAAACCAACAGGAAUUCCCUGGAGGCCAUGGUGAAGAGCACUGGUAAAGAAUCCCUGCAAUGGGGACUGGCUGCAGGGGUGUACUCGGGUUUGACAUAUGGGUUGAAGGAGACCCGCGGAGCUCAUGAUUGGAAAAACAGCGCAGUCGCAGGAGCUAUCACAGGUGUGGCGCUCGCACUCACGGCGGACGACACUUCCCACGAGCAGAUUGUGCAGUGUGCCAUCACCGGAGCUGCGAUUUCUACCGCUGCAAACCUCCUUUCAGGGAUAUUUUGACGUGCCCAGAGGCGGGCCUAUCUGUUUGGAGCAGAAUCUUGGUUUCCCCUUCUGUCUUCUUUAAAUAAGCGUGGACCAUAGGAUCUUUGUAAAGUUUGUUCUGUCCGGGACUGUAUACACUUCUAAAGCAGUCUCGAUUGCGAACUUGGCAACGUUUGUGUGUUCUCGGCGGAGAGUUUAAGAUGGCAAGAGAUGGCUAGAGUUAGUUUGAAACAUGGCAAGAGACGGCUAGAGCUAGUUUGAUGUUUCAGUUCCUGUUGAUAUUGAAAGCAUUAUGUUUCACUUC